UGCAGUCUCGUAGUACAUGCAUGCUUGCGGCCGUGAAACUUUAUCGCAUUUGUGAAAUUGGAGGCCGCAGGAGGAGUGCAGUGACCAAAUGCGGUCAAUCGCUAGCUUCACGUGCAGAACAUACGUCGGCAUGCUCGAUUUGGACAUCUUAUCUGGUUGAUUGAAGGUCCUCUCCGUAGCCCCGUUGUACCUGUAUGCUCAGCGUUUCUGCAACAUACAAGCUGCAAGAGGUGCUGCCAUGGCCGUCCUUUUGGCGGCAUUCAUGUUCAUGCCAUUGGACUGGCAAUGGAUCACCACAGCCCUGGUCUUUGUCGUCACGUGGUUCGUGAGCCGCUUCUACCAGCGAGUGCUCAGGUACCCGAGAGGACCAUUCCCAGUGCCACUGUUGGGAAACUUACUCGCUAUGCGGAAAGACGACUUGCACGCCAAGGCGAUCGAGUGGUCCAAGACGUAUGGUGACGUCUUUACGCUGUGGAUUUCACACAAACCCAUGGUGAUCCUCAACAGCUAUGACGUCAUUCGGGAAGCACUCGUCAAGCAGAAGAAUCUCUUCGCGGGACGUCCUGAUACAAAAAUGCGCGACAUACAAAACCAAGGAAAUCAUGAUAUAAUGUUCGAAGAUUACACGCCAUACUGGGAGGCUCUCCGAAAAGCGGCAUUCCUGGCCGUUCGGAAAUACGCCGUCACAGACACUACUCAGAAGCUUUGUACUGGAAUUGUUGACGCCUACGUAGACACCUUGAGGAUAGGACCUCAGAUAGUCGACUCGAAAAAGUUUUUCUUCUCCAUGAUUUACAAGCUGGUCGGGGCCUCUAUGUAUGGCGCAAGUCUCAACGGAGAAGACAGGGACGUUCUUCGGCUGGAAGAGAUCGACAACGAGUACUACGAGGUUUCCCCGAACGGCCUACCCAGCGACGUUGCUCCAAUUCUCGGUUACGUGUAUCGUAAUAGGGAGACCAAGAUCGAGGCACUGUACACCGAGUUCCGAGAGGUUGUACUACGGCUGUUCACCAGGGCCGAAGGAUCACACCACGCAGGUAGCGACGACAACAUCGUGCAUGCUUUGCUUGCUGUCCGGGAGGAGGCCAUCCGUGAGAAGGAAAGCAACGCCCAAUACAUAACGAAGGCCAACUUGGUCCAGGUCGUCAUGAAUUUGUUUGGCGGUGCAACCGACACCACAGCGUCAGCACUUCAGUGGAUGUUCAUCAGGCUUGCUAAGCACCCUGACAUUCAGAAGAGGAUUCAAAAGGAGAUAAAGGAUAAUAUCGGAAUGGAUCCACCUGUCUACGAAGAUCGAGAAAAGCUGCCUUUUACAACGGCCUGCAUACUAGAGACCCUUCGAUGUCAUCCCUUUGCACCCGUUGGCAUGCCCCACAAGACGACCGGCCAAAACGAAAGUUGGAACGCAGCCCAUACCCAAGGACACGAACGUAUUGUUCAACAUCUACAGGGUGAAUCACGACCCAAACUUAUGGGAGGAACCGGAGAAGUACCGGCCUGAUCGCUUUCUGGACACUGUCACUGGAAAACUACGUCAGGGCGCCGGACCACUCGUCAGCUUUGGCCUGGGUACAAGGGCCUGUCCAGGAGAAAAGCUCGCACACGUGAACAUAUUCUAUAUCAUCGUCCGAUUCAUGCAGAGGCUCACCUGUAGUGCAGUUGAUGACGCUUCCAGCGUGGAAUUGAAAAGCAUUGGCUCGUCCCUCUUUUUCCUACCACUUCAACGUAACAUCGUUCUCACAAGAAUAAACUGAGACUGGAAGCGCCAAGUUGAAGGAGCGCCAAUGCUAAACAGGGCCCAUAGCAAAGGCGCAAAGUCAAAAGGUGCUCAUAAGGCAAUGUAAGUAAACGUGUGUUGUAAUCAA